AUGAGUGAAUUCUGGUUAUGUUUCAACUGCUGUAUUGCAGAGCAGCCUCAGCCUAAAAGGCGGCGGCGAAUUGACCGAAGCAUGAUUGGAGAGCCGACAAACUUCGUGCACACGGCUCACGUCGGAUCCGGAGACCUGUUCAGUGGGAUGAACUCAGUUAGCUCCAUUCAGAACCAGAUGCAGUCCAAGGGGGGCUAUGGAGGUGGCAUGGCCGCCAAUGUGCAGAUGCAGCUGGUGGACACAAAGGCCGGAUAG